CUACCCACUUCCACCGUUUCUGUAUACUAUAAUCCGUUUUAUAUAAUACAAUGCACCGUUCAUGAUUAUCUAAUCUGCUUCUUAAUAAUGCAAGGCAUUCUUCGUUCAUCUCCAUGUUUCCUUCGAUCUCUCUUUCCAUCGGCAGCUUCUGCGGCGCUCACACCUCCGCCGCGCCUUCGUCUCAUACCAAAACAGAAAAAAUAUCUCUUGCAAUUCUGAAUUGCAGUUUAGGCUCGUAUUACUCGGUCGGAAUCUUUGCUCUCCGUUGAUUUGUGGUUCGAAGUCGUCUUCCUUCUUGAACGCGUCGAGUUUCUUGGGCCUGUUUGUGUUUCCUGUUCUUGAUCAUAUGUGCUGCUUCUCCGUCUUUAUUAGAAAAGAGUAGCAAGUUCUUGAAUUGGUCUUUGUUUUUUCUUUAUUUUGGGAGCAUCUAUCUGUAGUGACAGUAAUCUAGGUGAUCGUGGAACCCAAAAUUUUGGAAUAGGAAGCGUGUGAAGAAGAAGUUGUGGAGCAAGUUUUCGACUUCUGCUGGCAGAACCACUUUUUACAAUGUCGAGGAUCGAACGGAGAAAACUAUCUGACGAUUACGAGGUGGUUGAUGUCCUGGGUCGAGGCGGCUUCUCAAUUGUCAGAAAGGGGAUCAGAAAGUCCAGCAUCAGGGAAAAGAACCAGAACCAGAACCAGAACCAGGUAGCAAUUAAAACCCUGAGAAGAUUGGGAGGGUACACGCCUCCCGGGCCACUGCAGACCUAUCAUGGCCACAAGAAGAGGCUGCCUUCGUGGAAUCAGAAUCAGAUUUCGAUAUCGGAUGCAUUGCUGACAAAUGAAAUUGUAGUGAUGAGGAGGAUAGUGGAGAAGGUUUCUCCUCACACCAAUGUAAUAAAUCUAUAUGAUGUAUAUGAGGAUGUGGAUGGAGUUCACCUUGUGCUGGAGCUUUGUUCUGGCGGAGAGCUGUUUGAUAGGAUUAUUGCUCAGGAGCGUUAUUCGGAAUUCGAAGCGUCUGUAGUCGUUCAGCAGAUAGCCAGUGGAUUAGCAGCACUUCAUAAAGCCAACAUCGUUCAUCGUGAUCUGAAGCCAGAAAAUUGCUUGUUCUUGGACAGCAGUGCUAGGUCUCCCUUGAAAAUAAUGGACUUUGGUUUGAGCUCUGUGGAGGAUCACACUGAUCCUAUCAUUGCGCUGUUUGGAUCAAUUGAUUACGUCUCACCUGAAGCUCUGUCAAGGCGUGAAGUUUCUGCAGCAAGUGAUAUGUGGUCUCUUGGGGUGAUCUUGUAUAUCCUUCUAUCUGGAUGCCCACCAUUUACUGCAUCAACAAAUCGAGAAAAACAACAGCGGAUACUGGCUGGUGACUUCAACUUUGAGGAUCCUACAUGGAAGACCAUAUCCUUUUCAGCGAAGGAUUUGAUUUCUAGACUGUUAUCCGUGGAGACUUAUAAGAGACCCACUGCUAGUGAUCUUCUGAAGCAUCCAUGGGUCAUAGGGGAUUCUGCUAAGGAGGAGCUCAUGGAUUCAGAGGUUGUCACUAAACUGCAGAGAUUUAAUGCUCGGCGGAAAUUGCGUGCAGCUGCAAUAGCAAGCGUAUUAAGUAGUAAGGUUGCUCUACGAACAAAGAGGCUGAAGAGCCUGCUAGGAUCAAAUGAUCUCACCACUGAGGAAAUUGAAAAUCUACGUUUACACUUCAAGAGAAUAUGUGCAAAUGGAGAGAACGCUACUCUGUCAGAGUUUGAGGAAGUCCUGAAGGCUCUAAAGAUGGAUUCACUAAUCCCUCUAGCUUCUCGAGUGUUUGAUCUGUUUGACAACAACCGUGAUGGAAAUGUUGACAUGAGAGAGAUCCUUUGCGGGCUAUCCAGUCUCAGGAACUCACGAGGAGAAGAAGCUCUCCGACUCUGCUUUCAGAUGUAUGACACUGACAGGUCGGGAUACAUCAGCAAGGAAGAAUUGGCGUCAAUGCUUAGAGCCUUGCCUGAGGAUUGUCUCCCUGCUGAUAUUACUGAACCAGGGAAACUAGAUGAAAUCUUCGAUCAGAUGGAUGCUAACAGUGACGGGAAGGUCACCUUUGAUGAGUUCAAAGCAGCAAUGCAUAGAAAUAGCUCUCUGCAAGAUGUUGUCCUGUCUUCUCUGCGGCCAGUUUGACUCCCCAUAAUGAGAAGCAACAGGUGAGAUGAACUCCAUUGUCCACCUUGGCUCUCUAUAUCUGAGUGGUUCCGGACUGAGGGGCUGCUUUGGUGAUUGCACCAAAGGGAGUGGGAGUAGAAGAUAUAUUACUUUUACGUACUUCUAGUAUAGUGUCUGUAGACUUUAUUUUGUCACAUGUUCCCUCAAUUUAUUAGAAGAAAAAUGUUGGCUUAAAAAUCCCACUUGUUCCUAUAAGAACUCCAUUGCAAAAAAUAAAAUUUAACACACUUGUAAUAA